UGGCUCCUAUUGGUUGCCCAUCUCUCUUCGGCCGUUGGGGACUGGAAAACUGCACGUUGCGGCCUCCGAGGCUUCGUGUCGGAAUGGCCACAUAGCUGCAGUCAAACAAAGCACAUGGGUGCACCCUUUCAUCUCAAUCUAAUUGGCUGGCCUGUAUUCCAGUUCCUGAGUCUAGGCAGGUUCGUGGCACCGUGUAUAAUCGACUAAUAAUGAUUCCACUAGCACGCAUUGAAAGUGCUGCCGAUCAUAAGAAACAACGCCGCCGGCGAAGCGCUGUUCAUUGAAUAAACUCGAAUCGUGUUCUCCAUAGCGUAUCAAGAUAAGAGUAAGCUUUCUCGUGCUGUCAGAAAACGGUCCACUUUUCGUUGUACCUUGCUCUUGCUCAUGCUCAAACAUGGAUUCAGUCACCACCAUCGUCAAACCGGCGCCCUCUUGGGUUGGUCGCAUUGUUGACCUGGGUCCUAUCGAUCAGAUCGCACCCCGUUGCUACAUGACAGAUUUCUACUGCUUUCGAUUGGCUCCUGGUGUAGAGCCUGCAGCUGUCGCUGAACGAUUCCAAAAGACGAUCUUUUCCGCCGUGCAGGAGAUCCCUCAGCUCGCCGUGACCGUAGUACCGCGUAACAACAGUCGGGAAGAACUUGAACUACGAUGGCUCGAAACGACCGGAGCUUAUCUCGUCUUCAAAGAUUACACGUCGCCGUUGUUGAAAGACCAGUGGCCACACGGCACAUUCGACGACUUAGCGAAAGACCACUUUCCAUAUUCGAAAUUGGAGAGAUCGACUCUUAUGGAUGGAUUAACGCGCAUCAAUGAGCAGGGUCUACUGCCCGGGCUGAUGCUGCAGGUGAAUGUAAUACCCGGCGGUGUGCUCUUCGUGCAUUCGCUUCAUCAUACGGUUUGUGAUGGUAUGGGUCAUUACAUGACUAACACUGUCCUCGCCAAGUACUGUAGAGAUACUCCAGAUAUGGAAUCUGUUGUUCUCCCAAUCGACUUCUCGGAUCGUGCAAGUAUCAUCACCCCCGAUCCCGCAGCUUCACUGCAAGACUUGCCAGACUGGAAGUUGGUGCCACCUGGUGAAGAGUUCCUCAAUCCAACACACUAUGAAGUUGCCGCUUUGCCGAAGCUUCGCUGUGCAAUCUAUUACAUCUCAGAGGAUCGUAUCGCUAAGCUCCGUGCCACAAUGUCUGUGGGUGGCCGCAAGCCUUCCGUCAUUGAGAGCGUCGGCGCAGCGUUGUGGAUGCAUGUUGUACGUGCUCGCAACAUAGACGCCAAGAAAUAUCCAGAAGCUAAGCUGUCACUGACGGUGAACUCUCGCACACGAAUGAGCGAACCAGCCAUCUCUCCAACUUUCUGGGGAAAUCUGUGCGAGCCUAAUGCGGUGGCACGUAUGCACACAGCUGCAUUUUCAGAAUCAGACACCCAGUUCCUGCCCACUGCCGCCCAGAGAAUCCGUGGCGCAAUUGCUGCUGUCGAUGCACCGGCUGUUCGACGUCUGGUUGGGCUACUUUCCCAACUCCCUAAAGCCACAUCGCUGACGUGGAAUGUCGACCGAUGGCCGGGACCGGACAUGCUGAUUGUAUGUCUGAAUUCUCUGCCACUGAACGACCUGGAUUUCGGAUCUAUGCUUGGGAACCAUAGCGAGGCUGUACGUGUUCAAAUUGGAGACAUUGAAGGUAGACCUGACGGGCGGUGUAUCGUGUUCCCCUCGAGAAAAUGUGAUGGAAAGGGCCUAGAAGUCAUGUUGCAGUACGAUGUAGAUACCCUGGGAAGACUAGAAAAGGAUCGCAGUUGGGGAGAGUUGUUUGAGAGAAGGAAUUGA